AUGCUAGAUAUGAAUUCUACUGGGUACGCUGUGAUGGACGAACAACAGCUGGAAUUGUUUUACGGUCCAGAGUCUCCUUUCAACGACUCAUCCACCUACUCGAGAUUGAAGGAUGUACCCGCUUCCGAAGUUCCACGAGCUGUAGAGAGUACAAUCAGGAGUUUAGCACAGGAGACUGUCAUGUUCAAAGCCCAGCGGAAGAAGGAUAUCGUACUUACGCCGCUGGUGCUUACCUCGCUGAUUCGUGACCCGGUGACGGCUUCGCAGGCUCUCAUUCUCUCUCCGGUGGUUAUGGUGCCAGUCAUCUACUCGCCAGCUAUAUUCGGUUCGGUCAUCCUUUCACCGUGGGCAUUCGUGCCUGUAAUCAUAUCUCCUCGUUUACUCUCUCCUGUCGUGUUGUCUCCGAUCCUGCUAUCGACAGCCGUUUUAUCGCCAUUAGCCUUGGAUCCUUUGAUUCUUUCCCCGGGAGCUUUGGUUCCCUUCAUUCUGUCUCCCUUUGUUCUGACGCCGUUCAUCCUUUCACCUGUGGCUCUUACACCUUUGGUCCUCUCUCCCUUCUGUCUCUCGCCCUUCAUCCUGAUCCCAAAUGUGUUGUCUCCUUUGAUCUUGUCUCCAUUCGUGCUUUCGCCUCUCAUACUUUCGCCGGUAGCUGUAUCAGCGUUUGUGUUAGCUCCCUACGCGCUUUCUCCUAUAAUUGCAUCUCCUGGUGCUCUCUUCUCCUCCGUGCUUUCGCCGUCAUGGCUCAGCUGA